AUGUCUCCCAAACCCCUAACCCUCCACGCCCACGGCACAGGUCCAAACCCCUACAAAAUCGCCGCCGCCCUAGAAUUCCUCCAAGUCCCCUACCAAGUCAAACUCUGGCAAUUCGGCGCCGCCAAAAACGGAGUCAAAGGCCCAAUCUUCCUCAAAAUCAACGAAAACGGCCGUGUCCCCGCCCUCGAAGACCCAAACACCGGCGUAACAAGCUGGGAAUCGGGAGCAGUGAUGAAUUACGUCCGUCGAGUCUACGACACGCAGAAAAAGCUAGGUCCGAGGGGGAGUUCCGAACAGGACAUCGUGGAUUUUGAGAAAUGGGAGUAUUUUUUGUUGAGCACGUUGGGACCGAUGAUGGGUUCGUUGAAUUGGUUCCGUCAUUACCAUUCCUCGAAGAAUGAGGAUGCGUUGAAGAGGUAUGAAGAGCAGGCAUAUCGAUGCUAUGGCGUGCUUGAUGGGCAGUUGGAGAAGCAUGGUGGUCCGUAUAUUCUGCCUGGGAAUACGCCUAGUGCUGUGGAUCUUCACUUUUAUCCGUGGGUCUAUCAGCAUGGGUUUGCUGGGUUGAGUUUGGAGUCUUAUCCUAAUGUUAAGAAGUGGUUGGAGGGUGUUGCGAGCUUGCCGGAGAUUAAAGCUGCGUAUGAGAAGAUUCCAAAGGGUGAGGUGGUUUGA